AAAAUAAACAAAAACAACUAUAAGGCACAAUGUCAAAAGGAAUGGAGAUCAAGGGCAUUGCCCUGGGCAUUACCGGUUGGAUCGUUAGCAUUGUCACUGGCGCUCUCCCAAUGUGGCGUGGCACGUCCCUUGUUAAUGCACAAACCCUCACAGAACAAAACAUUCUGAACCUACCGCAGGAACUUCUGGCUUCCAGAGCCAUGUCGGUCAUCGUCAUCAUCUUGGCCAUGCUGGGCGUGAUGAACUACAUGAUAGGCACCAAAUGCACUAAAUGCACCAAUUGUAUUAUGAAAGCUAAAGUGAUGAUCAGCUCUGGUGUGAUGUUCAUUAGUGCUGGAAUCAUGGAGCUCAUUUCGGUGGCCUGGGAGACAUACCUUACCAUUCGGGACACAAAAGAGCUUGAAGCGUCCAUCUAUGUAGGGUUUGCUGCUGCUGCUCUGAUAUUGAUUGGAGGAGCUUUGCUGUGCUGCACUUGUCCUGCAGAGGAGAGGAAGUACAAGAUGCCAAGAAUGGGUGACUCUUGCUCCACGGUCUGUCAGUGGUGGAUAUGAAAGAAUGUACCAUGUUUAACAUUAAUUUCUUGUAGGAAAUGUAAAAAAAGGUCUCACACAAAGGGUAGAGAUACUUCUAAUGAAUUAAAAAAUAUAAUUUAUUGUAUUAAUAUGUUUAUGCUUCAAUUGCAAUUAGCUCUGUAAAGUUUUCAUUGUGUUUAAUGUCUAUUCUCAAUCUAAUUCAACAAAACACUGUUAAAAAUCAGAGAUCCUUCUAGAUAUAGAAAGUAUCUACACAGUGGCUUUGGCCUUUAGAGAUGACCAGGCACGUGCACACAUAGACCUCAAAGGGGGAUUA